GGAAGCAAACAUAUAUUAUGUGUUUUUCAUACACAAGCGUAUUAUUGACUGCAUACAUUUUUAUACAUACAACCUAACCUCAACUUUAUUUUAAAUAAAGCUGCUUCCUGAAAAUGUCUAAUAGUUCUGAUGAUUCCUCUUUAUUUAAAUGUUCUUUCGGCCAUGAUAUAGUAAAAGAAGCUUUGAAAUCUAAAUUUAUGAACCCCAAGAAUAAAAUAUCUGAUGAUGCUGUUGAAUUAAUAUCUGAAAUAGCUAAAAUUAUAGUUAUAGAAGCAACACUUAGAGCAGUCGAUCAAGCAAAUUCAGAGAAUAAAAAGAAAGUCAGUUUAGAACAUGUUGAAACUAUUCUUCCACAGAUUAUGUUGGAUUUUCCUUAAAGAAGAAAACCUCGUAACUUAAUAAAUUUUAUUUAAAUACCUAUAUAGACACAUUACAAUUACAUUGUUAUUACUGAUUAUAAAAUGUUCCUUAAAAUAAAUCCAUAUCAUUAGAGCAACUGA